UAUACCUACGUAUUGAAGAAAAAAAAAAUUUUGACAGGUAACCUGACUUUUAAAAAGUGCAUAAUCCUAAUAGGAAAACAUUAUUGAUUUCGACUAAUUUUAGCAGCGUUAUGAGAUAAAUACGUAUUUAAUUGAGUAAAUUAUUUUGAAUUGAUGUGCUUUACGUGCCAUAAAUGUAUUUACCUGUGAUUUAAGUGUAUUAAAUAGUGUUUAAUAUUGUAAAUGAUUACGUCGUUUUGUUUUUGUGAUAAGAAUGGGCAAUACAAGCAAAAAGCUAGCGUCCCAAUGCAGUUUACUUACUAAAGAGGAACAGAAGUACGUCGGCAACACAUUCAAGGCGGCCAGCAAGAACUCCGGACGAAUCCGGGAGGAUGACCUCAUCGUGAGUGGACUACUAGACGCAGUGUUAUUAGAAAAACACUGGGGUCCCCUAAUAGACCCCCGGCUGGCGCAGUACCUCUCCAACUACUUGUUCGACGCGGGGUCCCAAAAGGCGGCUACAUGCGACUUCACCCGCUUCGCAGAACUAUAUGUGUACAAUGUUAGAGGUUCGGUGGACCAGAAGAUGAUGGUGACGUACAGAAGUUUAGGCAACUACAGCGAAAACGACGAACUGCCGUAUCAACUAAUAAAAGAGUACUGCGAAGCAAUAGUGUCCACCUACAUCAAAGUUCUGAAGACGGGCAGUAAGCGGGCCGAGAAAUGGAUCGACAAAGGCUUUCGCGGAAAAGCGGCGGCCGUACAGACUCUAGGAGAGGCUGUGGCUAGUGGAGUCGGGUCAGACCCGGACUCACCUCCGCAAGCUGUCAACUCUAAACAACUGUCCAAUUGGCUCAUGACGGACACCCUACUGAAGCACAUGACAGAGACAGUGUAUACGACGCUGUACGGGAUAGAGCGGGACCACACUACAGACGACGGGUCCCCGCUUACUGCGGUGCCACAAAUGCUACCCACGGUGCAUGGUCUGGACUCGAUGCCCGACUACCCCGCCUUCAUAGACUUAUCUCACAUCGUGUGGCUCAACAACAGCAUACCACCCCCGCUUCAACAAAAAUGGCGUUUUCUGUUCUCUUCGCACAUACACGGGGAGUCCUUCGCUACCAUGGUCGGUCGCAUCUGUGACCAAGGCGCCUCCAUCAUCAUAAUCGAAGACACCCACGGGCACAUUUUCGGCGGCUUCGCGACGGACUCUUGGGAGAUAGGCCCCAACUUCGUGGGCCGCGAGGACUCCUUCCUCUUCACUCUGGCCCCCAAGAUGAGGAUUUACGGGUCUUCGGGGUUCAACAACCAUUACCAGUACCUUAAUCAGCACACGAAAACCCUGCCGAAUGGACUGUUAAUGGGUGGCCAAUUCCACUUCGGAGCCAUCUGGAUCCCCGCAGAUCCAUUCGGAGAGGGAUCCUCGGCGGAAUCCUGUACCACCUACCGCGGCUACAAGAGACUUAGUAAAGAGAAGGACUUCCGUAUAAGGAGUAUCGAAGUUUGGGCCGUUGGGGACAAGCCGGAAAGCGAUAAGGAAUUGGGCGAACGUGACGUCAGCAUCCUAGACACAAACCCAGAAGCGAAGGCGAUCCUCGAGAUGGCUGGCAAGACUCGACACAGCGACGGCGUACGCGAGCCACCGCCUUUAUAAUAAACCUUAUCGGUUAGGUAAUAAGGUACAUUUCCGUUCGGAAACUAACUCUGGAUAUAUCAAGAAAGCGAUUGCAUACGCGAGUCUGUUUUACAAUGCACCUUAUCGGUUAGGUAAUAAGGUAUCUUUCCGUUUGAUAAUGAAGCAGUGGAUGCUAUUAAUGAGUAUUCAGUAAAAUGAACGACGUUUAACGUAAUGAACCUUAUUGGCUAGUUGUUAAGGUUCAUUUCCUUUAAAUUAUUACAGUGAAACCUGGUUAAGUGGGACCUGGAUAAGUGAGAAACCUCUAUAGCUGGGACUCAUGGUGCGGUCCCGACACUUUAGCACUGAUUACCUCUUUUAGUGAUCUAAAUGAACCUCUUAACUGGGAUUAGUUGUUGUGAUUUUAUAGUCACAUUUACCUCUAUAAUUGAGACAGAGAGUGUAUUUUACCUCUUUUACUGAGACUUUAUUUAUAAGAUUACAUUUUACUAAUUGUUUUUUUGAAUUUUAUAGGAAUUGACCUCUGUAUCUGAGAUAACGUCAAUCUAUGACCUCUCUAACUUGGGCUUUAUUGAUCAAUUUCCGUAUUCUUACUUACUCUUAUUCUAUCCACAAAUUCCGCAUUUGCUUAAUUGUGUCUAAACGACUUCAAGUUUGAUUUAGUUACUUCAUGCAGUUAAAUAAAACUAUCGAAACGAAAGGUGAAAGCUUGAUAAGUAACACAAAUAAACAAAUUUUCAUUUAAUAAAUUUCUAAGACGCAAUGAAGUCCGUCAUCAAUUUAAUUUUAUUUUAAAAUAUCUAUCCUUUGGAGAAUCAUUCAAAAUAAACUCAACGAAAUAUUUAACCAGACUUAAAAAAUAUUUAGGGACAAGGAUUAUUUUGCCUUAUUUAUUUUUAAAGAUAAUUACAAAAUACCUUAUUA